GGCGGGGGCGGGGGCGGGCGCGUGCUGACGGCGGCGGCAGCGGUAGCGGCGCAGUCCCGGUCCGGCGCCCGCGGCGCCCCCGCUACGGCCCCGAGAGGCCUGGCUGCGGGAUCGGUGCGCAGCGAUGGCACGACCGCCCCGGCAGCGCCCGGGGGCCUGGGUGCCGCUGCUCUUGCUGCUGCUGGCCGGGCCCACCACUUGCGCCGCCAGCCCCGCAGACGACGGCGCGGGCCCCGGGGGCCGGGGACCCCGGGGCCGCGGGCGGGGGGACACGGGCGCCGACGAGUCAGUGCCGCGCCACGACUCCUCCUAUGGCACCUUCGCCGGGGAGUUCUACGACCUGCGCUACCUGUCCGAGGAGGGUUACCCUUUCCCUACUGCUCCUCCUGUGGAUCCAUUUGCCAAAAUCAAAGUGGAUGACUGUGGAAAAACUAAGGGAUGCUUUAGAUACGGCAAGCCGGGCUGUAACGCAGAGACCUGUGACUACUUCCUCAGCUACCGGAUGAUAGGGGCUGAUGUGGAAUUUGAGCUGAGUGCUGACACAGACGGUUGGGUGGCAGUUGGAUUCUCUUCAGACAAGAAAAUGGGUGGUGAUGACGUCAUGGCCUGUGUCCACGAUGACAAUGGCAGGGUCCGCAUACAGCACUUCUAUAAUGUAGGCCAGUGGGCCAAGGAGAUCCAGAGAAAUCCUGCCAGAGAUGAAGAAGGAGUCUUUGAGAAUAAUCGGGUCACCUGCAGAUUUAAACGCCCCGUGAAUGUUCCCAGAGACGAGACAAUUGUCGAUCUGCAUUUGAGUUGGUAUUAUCUGUUUGCCUGGGGUCCAGCCAUUCAAGGCUCCAUCACCCGACACGACAUAGACUCACCACCGACUUCAGAACGUGUUGUCAGUAUUUACAAGUAUGAAGACAUUUUUAUGCCAUCAGCUGCCUAUCAAACCUUCUCCUCUCCAUUUUGUUUGCUUCUCAUUGUUGCCCUGACCUUCUACUUAUUGAUGGGAACCCCUUAACUACAGCUGCAAAGCCAACAUAUUAAAUAGAUUAGAAAGUCUUUAGUAUAAAUAUAUUUUUAAAGAAUAUGCAGUAUAAUUUUAGCUUUUCUUAUUUAAAAAAAAAAGACUCCUAUGAUUUCAGUUUUUUGGAAGAAAGAGCAAGCUGCUUUUCUAAUCAAAGAAGAUUGUUUAAUAUUGAUCCCAUACUUUUGGAAAGUACUUAAAAUUUUUUCUAAGCACUCUCACAUGUGUUUUCUUAUUUGAGCUUCAUAACAUCUCUGAGUUGGCUUGAUGAAAAUUGUUAGGGCCAUCUUACUGAAUGGGCUUUGAAGUCAAGGAAGCUGCCUUUUUUGGUGACCUGCAUGCCAUGUGGCCUUGGCUACUUGGUCAGAUAACACAUAAUAAGGUAGAGAAGGAGCUAGCUAGGCACACGGAUUCCAAACGACCUUUAUUCUUCCAACUACAGCUCAGGAGAGUUUACUUGGAGCAUUACUAAAGAGAACUUUACUGGGUGGCCCUAGUUCACGAUCAACCUUUUAGUCGGGAGAAGUUUCAAAUUUCCAUAAAUACGUUUGGAUAUUUACACAGCUGAUGGGGAGAAUGGGAAAGUUUGCAAUGAUAAGAAAAUGGUCUGUACUUACUGGAAAUGUCUUCUCAGUCAGUGAGUAGUUAUGAGAAAGUAUUUUUUUAUUGCUGUUUGGAAAGAUUAGAAACAGAACUGUGAGUGUUCCUGAAGAUGUAAAACUCUAUUAAUGAUAAAAAAAAAAAUAAGGGCAUUCUUAGCGGUUAGAAUUUAGACUCUUAUCACUGUAUUUUAUAAAUUAAAUAGUUCAUAUAUGGUUACAGCUAAUUCUGUUGUCAGAGUCAACAUCUACUGAGUAUGAUUAAAUAUGUAUUAUAAUAGACAAAUCAUCCUAAUAAAAGUUUAAGGCAUUUUGAAAAUAAAUUAACAUUUUUGGAGAUUGUGGAGAUUUGGAAUAGAAACUUUUUAAAGAUGACAUUUCUUUUUUAAAUCAGAAAAUGGGAGAUGACUCCUAGAGUGAAUUCACCUAGAGUUUCCGUUCAGCGUGUUCAGACUUGUAGACUGGACCAGCAGUCAGCAGAAGUUAUCCUAAUGCCUUGACUUAAUGCAUUCUCUUUUUUCAAAGGAACCCAAAUGUUCCUUUGUUGCAAAUGUCUGUUCAGAGGAAAAGAGUCUAUGGUGUCGUUGAGUUCCUGAUGGAUUUCUACUGUCGAGUUUUGUAGUCCUCUGGCUUGCCCCCUCCCCGCUUGUUGUUUUAGAGCUGGAUUUGGGGAUUUUGUGAUUAAACAAGACUGGAGACUGAUUUCUAAUUGCCAUCCUUGGAAUUCACCAUCAGGGUGAAAGUCCACCUGGAGAGAGGGGUACCUUUCAAAUUGUGGAACUGUAUAAAAAUAAGGAAAAUAUUGAGAUUUUGUGACAUAUGGUCUACCAAGUGAUGUUGGAGAAAGAAUCCUCAUUGCACAUGGGGAGAGGUUAAAUGACAUUAGGUGAGCAGAAGAACUGGGUAGGAUUCAAACUCAGGUCAUCUAGUUCAAGUCUGUGGCUCCACCUCACUGCCAUCACCUUGGAACGGAGCCCUGGGGUCCACCCUGAGGGUGGCCAUUGCACACCUUCUAAGCUAUCGUGCUGGUUCAGUAGUGAGGAUAGAGCGUGUGCAGGCACCCACUUUGUAAAUAAGAAGGCAAAUAUUUUUCUACUUCACUCUCUGAUGUAUAUAGUAUUUCGGCUACACAUAGGUUAAGAUGAAAGAGAGAUGGGCCAGCCUCUGUAGCAGGCAGGGAAGGACUACCCUAACUGACUUUCCCUCUUUUGCAUUUCAGAUCAAGCUAAUAUUUCAUGAAUUGCUUCCACUUUGAUAACCAGCCUUGCAUAUGCAUGCUUAGAACUUUCUCUGACUUCUCAUUGCCAUUAGGGUAACACGCAGUCCAUUUUGAUUACCCCCAAAGUCAUCUCUUGCCACCACUCCUCACUUGCUUCGUCCAUGCAAGACAGCUGCUCUCAGCUCCCCUCUCAUGGUGUCGCCUGUGCCCAAAAGUCUCCCACUUCCUGUGCUUGCUGAAUUCCUGCCUAUCUUUUGGGUCACAGCUUCAGUAUUUCUUCCUCCAGUCCCCUGGACUCGACAGGUGUAGGUCCCCACCCCGUGCUCCCACAUCACACUGGGCUUCCCCAUCCUGCUGUCCAUCACACUUUACUGCAGUCACUUGCUUGCCCUGCCUUGCCAGCUCCCCGACACAGGGACCACUACAACCGUGAGUUGUAACAGACACCGCUACACUGUUGGCGCUCAGCGAACACUUGUUGGACAGAAAAAGUAAAUAAAACUGUACUUCCGUGGCAAGUCGCUUUGGUUCAGAGGCUUGUAUUUCAUCCGCGAAGCCAGACUGGCCAACAUUUUUAUUUUCUUCGCCUGUGAUCCAACCAUAAGCCAUUUCUUGAGCAAACCCUGAACUUUCAAAACACAGAUAGAAAGUUGAUGCUGUUGUGCCCUGCAGUGAAUCUUAAUUGGUAUUUUGAACAAUAAUUAUUGUUUGCAAAUAAGAAUUGACAAGCCAGGACUGCACAACAGCAUUUGACUAUCAUUUUGGAGGAUCGUUAGUUUGCAGGCACACUGAAAUUAGAAUUCUGCAGAUUUCAACUUCAUUUAUUCUUACCUAAUAUGAGAAUAAAUUUCUGUUUUAUCUCUGUAUUCCCAUUUUCCAACAUAGUACUUGUCACAGGGGAGAUGCCUAACCCAUAUAUAUAUAUACAUACAUAUAUAUGUAUAUAUAUAUGUACACACACACAUACACACAUAUAUACAUAUGUACAUAUGUAUAUAUAUAUUUUUUUAAUAAAAUGCCCAAGUAGAACCAUAAUAACAGCUAAAUGUAUUGAGUGCUGUUCUAAGCCCUUUAUGUGGAUUUAUCCACUUAAUCCUCAUAAUCCCCACAGGAAGUAGAUUCUGUUAUUAAACCAAUUUUACAGAUGAAGAAACUGAGGCUAGUCAUUUGGCAUAGAUGACCAGUGCUGGCCGUUGAAUCUAACGCACUUCCUUUACAAAGGGGCAGCUGAUGCCCACGCAGGUGAGAGGACUUCCUGCACAUUCAUGUCUUUACGCACACUCAUUAAGGUGUUUAUUAAAUGGGACCCACUAUGCACACUCAAAUUAGGUGCUUUUCCUCCCCUUUACUGAUUUACAAUAAAAUAAGAGGACUUUUAUAGUUCUGUUUAGGGAAAGAGGUAC